AGGAGCGCGGCGGGGAUGGCGCCGUCCUUCCGGCACGGCAAGGGCCGCGCGCCGCGGGGCGGUUCGGGCGGCGCGGAGCCGCGCGCGGACAGGAGGGCGCGGAAGCCGCUGGUGGAGAAGAAGCGGAGGGCGCGGAUCAACGAGAGCCUGCGGGAGCUGCGGCGGCUGCUGGCCGGCGGAGAGGCGAAGCUGGAGAACGCGGAGGUGCUGGAGCUGACGGUGCGGCGGGUGCAGGCCGUGCUGGAGCGCCGCGCGCUCGAGGGCGGGCGGCUGCACCGCGAGGCCAGCGAGCGCUUCGCCGCCGGCUACAUCCAGUGCAUGCACGAGGUGCACACCUUCGUCUCCGGCUGCCCCGCCAUCGACGCCAACACGGCGGCCGAGCUGCUGAACCACCUGCUGGAGUCCAUGCCGCUCAACGAGGGCGGCCUGGGGGACUUGAUGGCGGACGUUCUGGCCGAGCCUUGGCCGGGAGGCGAGACCGCGCUCCCGGUGGCCGAGGCGGCCCUGGGCCUGGUGCUGCCCUCGCCGUUGUCCGGCGAAGAGACGUGCUCCGACUCGGACGAGGCGGAGGCUGAGCCGGGACAGACCCCCGCCCGCGGACUGGAGGCGGCGCAGACCCGCGGCGUGCCCUCGCCCAAGUCCAUGUGGAGGCCGUGGUAACGCUGCGAGCGGCGGGGCGGUGCGGCGCCUCGGGGUUGGAACGCGGCCCUCCUGUCACCCCGCCGGGCUCUUGGCUGAACGAGAGCCGUCGCAGCGCGUGGACUGUGCGUG